CGGCGCCGAGGGGCGGGGGAGAAGGAGGAGCGAACCGAGGUUGGGGGGCGGCUGCACAGUCCCCGGGAUCCCCAGGCCUGGAGGGGGGUCUGCGCGCGGCCGGCUGGCACUGCCCCCCGUCCGGUCCCGAGCGGGCCUCCCUCGGGCCAGCCCGAUGUGACCAGGCUCAGUGGAGCCUGAGCAAGGAACCGGUCCGUCGCGGAGCCGGAGAGCGGGAGGAACAUGACAUCGCGGAGAUGGUUUCACCCAAAUAUCACUGGCGUGGAGGCAGAAAACCUACUGUUGACAAGAGGAGUUGAUGGCAGUUUUUUGGCGAGGCCCAGUAAAAGCAACCCUGGAGACUUCACACUUUCCGUUAGAAGAAAUGGAGCUGUCACCCACAUCAAGAUUCAGAACACUGGUGAUUACUAUGACCUGUAUGGAGGAGAGAAAUUUGCCACUUUGGCUGAGUUGGUCCAGUAUUACAUGGAACAUCAUGGGCAAUUAAAAGAGAAGAAUGGAGAUGUUAUUGAGCUCAAAUAUCCUCUGAACUGUGCAGAUCCUACCUCUGAAAGGUGGUUUCAUGGACACCUCUCUGGGAAAGAAGCAGAGAAAUUAUUAACUGAGAAAGGAAAACAUGGUAGCUUUCUUGUGCGAGAGAGCCAGAGCCACCCUGGGGAUUUUGUUCUCUCUGUCCGGACAGGAGAUGACAAAGGGGAGAGCAAUGAUGGCAAGUCUAAAGUGACCCACGUCAUGAUCCGCUGUCAGGAACUAAAAUAUGACGUUGGUGGAGGAGAACGGUUUGACUCUUUGACAGAUCUUGUGGAGCAUUACAAGAAGAAUCCUAUGGUAGAGACAUUGGGCACAGUACUACAACUCAAGCAGCCCCUCAACACAACUCGUAUCAAUGCUGCUGAAAUAGAAAGUCGAGUUCGAGAACUAAGCAAAUUAGCUGAGACCACAGAUAAAGUCAAACAAGGCUUUUGGGAAGAAUUUGAGACACUACAACAACAGGAGUGCAAGCUUCUCUAUAGCCGAAAAGAGGGUCAGAGGCAAGAAAAUAAAAACAAAAAUAGAUAUAAAAACAUCCUGCCCUUUGAUCAUACCAGAGUCGUCUUACAUGAUGGUGAUCCCAAUGAGCCUGUUUCAGAUUACAUCAAUGCAAAUAUCAUCAUGCCUGAAUUUGAAACCAAGUGCAACAACUCAAAGCCCAAAAAGAGUUACAUUGCCACCCAAGGCUGCCUGCAAAACACGGUGAAUGACUUUUGGAGGAUGGUAUUUCAGGAGAACUCCCGAGUAAUUGUCAUGACAACAAAAGAAGUGGAGAGAGGAAAGAGUAAAUGUGUCAAAUACUGGCCUGAUGAGUAUGCGCUAAAAGAAUACGGGGUCAUGCGCGUUAGGAACGUCAAAGAAAGUGCCGCUCAUGACUAUACAUUAAGAGAACUUAAACUUUCAAAGGUCGGACAAGCUCUACUCCAGGGGAAUACGGAGAGAACGGUCUGGCAAUACCACUUUCGGACCUGGCCGGACCAUGGAGUGCCCAGUGACCCUGGGGGCGUGCUGGACUUCCUGGAGGAGGUCCACCACAAGCAGGAGAGCAUCAUGGAUGCAGGGCCUGUGGUGGUUCACUGCAGUGCUGGAAUUGGCCGGACAGGGACGUUCAUUGUGAUUGAUAUUCUUAUUGACAUCAUCAGAGAGAAAGGUGUUGACUGCGACAUCGACGUUCCCAAAACUAUUCAGAUGGUGCGGUCUCAGAGGUCAGGGAUGGUCCAGACAGAAGCACAGUACCGAUUCAUCUAUAUGGCCGUCCAGCAUUAUAUUGAAACACUACAGCGCAGGAUUGAAGAAGAACAGAAGAGCAAGAGGAAAGGGCACGAAUAUACAAAUAUUAAGUACUCCCUAACGGACCAGGCAGGCGGAGAGCAGAGCCCCCUCCCGCCUUGUACCCCAACGCCAUCCUGUGCAGAAAUGAGAGAAGAUAAUGCUAGAGUCUAUGAAAAUGUGGGUCUGAUGCAGCAGCAGAAAAGUUUCAGAUGAGAAGACUCGCCAAGACUUCAAGCACAGAAAUAGGUAUUUCAAUGAAAGUGCUCUUUGGUUAAUUAUUCAUAUCAUUUGUGGCAUCUUGAAGCAGGCAAAUAAUUUGUGGACUGUUUUAGCCAAGUGGACCACAGUUGAGUUUUUCAAACCAGCCUCCUUUUUCUUCUUCCUGAAUUUCUUUUUCCAAGCUGGAUUCAUUAAACAUUGAAAUCAGAUGCAGAAUUAAGUCUGGGAAGGACAAGGUUAGCUCAUAUGGUUGAUACUGGUGAAGAAGAGCAGAUAUCACCAUUCCUGCAGUUUUAUUAGGGAAGGUUAACCUGAGCUGCACUAAGAGAUAAUCUGUAGGGACCUGGGGAGUAUGGGGACACAGCACUGGAUGCCUGGGGCCGGGAUGCCUGAGUUUUCACCCCAGUGGGCCUCUGACUGCCUGGCCAUGUGACACAGGGCACUGGAUUUCCUGGGCCCCUGACUGGCUCAGCCCCACAUCCCUUCCAGCUCUGAUACUGGGAAUCCAUCUCCCUUGUCCGUCAAUCACCUUUUUAGACGGUGACCUAAGUGUGUGACACAUGUUUAAAAGAUAAGUUAGAAACUCAUAGUUUUUAGUAUUUUAUGUGGAAAUUCCCGUUUCAAUGAGUAGUAUAUUUAAAAGCUUUCAAUCUACUUUCAAAUGGUUUAAUGCCUUGACAAGCUCUUAGAUGUAUGCUCCUUACACAAUCUAACUUAUUUCUUUCCCAGAUGUGGACUUUCACCCUCUCCCUGAAAAGAUCAAGAAUAGAUGCAAGAACGUUUACAUGAAGAAUGAAUUUGAAUUUGGGAGGCUUGCAUUGUGGUUGACCAACUACCUUUUGAUAAGCAAAUUUGAAACCAUUUAGAGACCACUGUAUUUUAACUCACCCAUCCCUGAUUUCCAAUUACUCAUGUCCUCAGAUAAGAAGAAAUCAUCUCUACAAUGUAGACAGUGUUAUAUUUUAUGGAAUUUUGUUUUAAACCAAGGAAAUAGUUAAACUGUGCUUUAUAUUUUACAGAUGAUAGUGAUUCAAAUUUUAGUUAUUGGCAUUUUUUUCUUUUGAUAACCUCAACAGAUUUAAUUUUUCCCCCCUCUUUGUGGGGGAUGAUAGGGCACUUGUAGGAGGAAAAAUGAUUUGGGGUAAUUAAUAGCAUCCUAUUCUAUAGAAGUGAGAACAGUUUCAUUUAUCAUCACUUAUCCAGUAGUGGAUAAUUCAUUUUGAUGGCCUCUUAUUUUGGCUAAAUGGUAAUUAAGCCAGUGUCCCAGAUUGUCUGCCUUUGCAUUGCCGUUAAAAAAAAUCAUGGGGGGAAAUAUCCUGGGAACUUAGGAUAAAAGGUAUGCUUUUAGCUGUUGACCAAUUACCAUUCAGCCUGUUGACUGAGAAAGUUGUGGUGGGAAAAUGUUUGCCAUCUUUUCAUUUGAGUAAUUGUCUUGUAUUUAGGAAAAAAAUGCAUCUGUGGAUAACCAGUUUUGGAUUAUCAUUUGUUGUGGACGAACCACCCCAAAACUGAGUGGCUUAAAACAGCAACUUGCUUUUCCCCACCAUUCUUCAACCUGGGCUGGGCUCAGCGGAGCGGUUCCUGUCCUUGUCAUGCUGGUGGUCGGCAGGAUGGCUGGGCCUCUUUGUCUGCAUGCGAUUCUCAGGUCUCUCCUCCACAUGACCUCGCCAGUGGAAUACCUGGAUCACAUUCAUGGCAGCUCAGAGGUCCCAAAGGUAUAAAGCAGUAGUGGCCAGUCCUUCUUAAGACUUAAACCCAGAAGUGUCUCAGCAUCACUUCUGCUGCCCUCUAAUGAGGAAAGCCAGUCCCAGACUGAGCCCAGAUUUGGGAAGAGGGGAUUGCAGCAGGAUAGGAAGUGGAGGUGAGGUUCAUUGGAGGCCCCCAGUGAAACAGACUGUCAGAACCAGUGCCAUGGAAAAACAACUAAAAACAAGUUAGCCGAGGUAGAACCUGCUAGUGACCUUGGGAAUUCGAAGCUGGUUAUGAUAGCUGGUGAAAGCUGGAAAUCAGACAGAAACAGAGGGCCUUCAGCGAGCUUCUGGAACCAGUUCUGCUGGUUCUCAGCAUAUUUUCUGAACCAUCACUUGGGGAAACUGGUUUCUUAAGGAUUGACGUGUUUGGGAGGGCAGAGCAUUUGAAAGCAGAACCACCUCGUUGCUGCGGCCCCCGCAGAGGGAGGUGAGUGGGGUGCUUUCUUCACGCCAGGGGAUUCAGUUGGGCCCCACACCCAUGCAUGCAGCCAGGUGCAGUGAGGAGGAGCAGUCGGAAUGAGGCCGCUAGACAGACUGAAUUGCAGUAGCUCAUUUUUGUUUUAAUCAAGCAGUGAGAUUUGCUAACGUUCUACCUGAAGUGCCUUCUCCAAAGACAUCCCUCUUUGCCCUGUGUGUUGAGUCACCAUUCCAUGAGUGUAUUUCAAUUAAAGUAUCAUUGGUGGACUUGUAAAGAUAGUAAAAUGCCCCAGCAGCUUUGCCAUUAAGCCAUGGUCUCCUUAAUCGGAUUCUUCUUGCUUUGUCUCCUGAAAAGGAAGGACUAGGUCCAGCUCAGGUAGUAGUUCCUUUCUGAGGUCUUUUCCUCCCUGGAAACCCUGAGGCCUUUUGGGGAGAGCCUGGCUGCUGUUUUUACAGACAAAAUGGACGUAGAUUCCUCACCCCACUCCCACUUCCCACCCCCCAUCCAUUGAACUUGGAAUUGCCUCAGAGCACAGGUGUAAGAGGAAUGUAAGCGACUACUGUCUUCUUGUUAAGCCUGUAAAGAGAGAUUCCAGUUCAGUAUUUGCAGCAAAGAUCUUGAAUCCUAUUAUUUUUAUUGCAUCGUCACAUUGAAUGGUUCUCGUUUUUUGCCUCGACUUUGUGGUAAUGUUUUGACUCUGGACUUUGGGGGCAAGGUCUUUCACCAGCAUACAAGGGUUUGAUUGUACAAUAUAUCUGCUGCAUUAACGUCUCUGCCUGUAGCGUAAGAUCAGUUGUUUUUGCACUCGGAAUGGAAACACCUGAUCCUGGCCAGCUUCAUUUGCAAUAGGACGGUGAUUUCAUUUAAAUUUCCCUCCACAAAGUCAGCAAGCUAUCAUGUGAUAGAAAGUGAUGCCAAGACAAAAUUGUAAUAGGCCCUAGGUUGCUAAGGUUUGUCAUGUGUUGGGUAAAGAUGAUGGCAGGUUCUCAGAUACGAUAACAUGGUAUGGAUUCAGGUGGAGGGGCUGUGAAGAUGGGGGGGCGGGGGAGUGGGGCUUGAGGUGUUAGAAAUAGUGGAAAUGAAAGUUCCAAAGAGGUGGUUUCUGAGGAAGUCAGAGGGCCGGGGGCCAGAGCAGUCAGUAAUAGUUGAACAGGUUACCUGGAAAAUAGGUUUGAUAGGUACAUGUAUGCAGUCUGCUUCUGGGUUGCUGGUAGACAUUAAAUUUGCACAAUAUCCCAUAGCUGGCUAAGUAUUUUAAAAUUGUAAGCAUAGGAUUUUAUAUUUGGGGUGAAGAAGCUAUCUGGCACAUGGUAUUAGGGUUUUUUUUAAGAAGCCAAAUUUCACAGUCUUAAUAGCUUUUUUAAAAAAAACAGACACCUCAUAUCCAGGGUGUGGCCCUCUUGAAAAUUCUGGUCAUCUCUCCCUUUGAAAUCAGCGACAUUUCAAACGUGGCUAAACGGGGGUGAGAAAACACAUGUAUGAGUUUCUUGGUAUUGAUGUGUUCUUCACGGAGCCCAGUUGCUUUGGAAGAGCCAAGAAAAUCAUCAAGAUUAUCUUUAGGGUCUUUUAAGGGGUUAUCAAGGGUUUACUGGGGUUUUUAAGAACUAAUAUAAUGUCUUGGGUUAUUUCCAGUUCAGAGGAAUGUGGAAAAAGGUAUGCAAUUGUGAAGUGUUUUGUUGUAGUUUAUUAAUAUGUAAGGGAAACUUAGACUGUAGACAUAAGUAAAACCCAGUGGAGUUUUUGUUUUCUGUAUGUUGUUGGGGAAUAAAGUUUUAUAUAGCAAGCACAUGGCCUCCCUGAUUUCAAUAUGCCUUUAUUAGGAUCUUUCUUAGCCCCUAAUUUUGUUGAAAUCUUUUUCGCUCUUCCUCCUGAAAAAUAAGCUCCAAAAUAUAGUUUAUUGUAUCUUCCAUCCUUUAAAAGUUUGUUUCUUUUUCACUACGGGCAGUUCACACAAGGCAAAAAUAUUAAACAGUUGGUUUCAGUGUGUUGUAUAACUUUGCUGUAUAUCAAACUAAUUUUUACAAGUUUUCAUCCUAAACCUCAAAUCAUGUAAUUAAUAAUUUGCCUGUUUAUUUAUGACCUAAUUGUGAUUCUUUUAUUAAUAAAAGCUAAUGGAAAAGGAUCCUUUAAGCUGAUGACUAGACCUACAGUUAAUUUUCCUGCAGUAUAUGAAGUAUUGUACCAGAGUAUUAAAAGAUAUGUAAUAUUUUAUUGAUAAAUCUAUCCUUUAAAAGGAAUACGUUUUAGGAUGUCAUCAUUUUGAUGUGAAUCAUGUAAAUGUUGAUAAUAUGCACUGUUUAUUAUACAUUUAGUGUUUCAGGAGAUUCACUUAAUUGCCUUUUUGCCCACGUAUAUUAUGUAGUCUUUGCAAUUGUUUUAAAAAAAAAGACAUUAAAAAAAAUAGUUUAUGUAGAGAAACAUUAGUGGAUGUUAAUUGUCUCCCCACCUGUAUUUAUGGGUGUUAGUUCAACUGCUUUGCUAGUUGCAAAGCCGUAUUAUCAGAGUAAAAGUGAAUUUGUAAACUGUAUGAGAACUAAAAGUUAGGAAUAAAACCAUUUUCUUAUAUUA